GUAGCUUGAAACGGCUUUUACUGUAGCUGCAACAGCUUUAAUUUUAUAGCAUAGCAACACUGGAAAUUGUCAUCUGUCAGAUCAAGCUGUCAAACGUCCUUUUCUCUCUUUUCGGUUUUCUGUGCUGUCAGAUCGGAAACAUGGCUGAGGUCGACGAAACUCUUAAGAAGAAGCGUACCUUCAGGAAGUUCACCUUCCGUGGGGUUGAUCUCGAUCAGCUUCUUGACAUGCCCAAUGAGCAACUUAUGGAGCUCAUGCACGCCCGCGCCCGCAGGCGGUUCGCCCGCGGCCUGAAGCGCAAGCCGAUGGCGCUGGUGAAGAAGCUGCGCCGCGCCAAGAAGGAGGCGCCGCCCAAUGAGAAGCCUGAGAUUGUCAAGACACAUCUGCGCAACAUGAUCAUUGUCCCGGAAAUGGUUGGCUCCAUUGUUGGUAUCUACAACGGCAAAACCUUCAACCAGGUUGAAAUCAAGCCUGAGAUGAUCGGCCAUUACCUGGGCGAGUUCUCUGUCACAUACAAGCCUGUCAAGCACGGUAGGCCCGGUAUUGGUGCCACCCACAGCUCCAGAUUCAUCCCGCUCAAGUAGAGUGGCUCCCCUUUAGGUUAAGUGGAAAAAAUGUACAAGGGAUUACAAUAAAGUAUCUUUUGUACUAA